GUCUCAUUGGCCGCGCCCAGAGGCGGCCCUGUCAACCCAACCAUGUCCAUUCUUUCCGCCUUACUAAAUCUCUCCCCCAAGCUGAUCCCGACCCGUCACCUCUACACUACUCACACAACUCCUCCAACGAGAGAGACUCUUCUUUUUCCAUCCUCUCCGUCUGGUGUCGACCUCGCCCCGAAAGGUCAUUCUUCACCAUCGACUCCCUUCCUUUUCCUCUUCUUCCAUCCUCUUCGCCACCGCUUAUUCUCCCCCUCCCACAGCCUUGGCUGGGUAGGAAUUGGUCUAUUCUCCUUCCUUCCAGUCUCCCAUCAUAUUCCCCAUCGCCGCGCAUCGCAGAAGGGGGAAAAAAAAAAGUACCAUCCUCGUUCGCGAUACUUCCCGGCGCAUCAUCCAUCGCCCUUCGAUAUAUCCUCCGACCGUCCUUUCGACGACCGACCGCCCGCUCUUCCAUGUCUCUCUCUAUUUAAUCUCGUACUUGUUCCCUCUGACCUCAACGCACGCGUCAGACGCGCCCCCUUUGUCCGGCACCACACACAGUCGCGUGCCUUACCCUUGACCUAAACCUAUCUCCUCGUAUCCACAGCCGCCGUCAUGUCGAACUUCGGAGGGUUCGGCAGCGGUAACGGCUUCGGCAGCAACACCAACAAUACCCCUAACAACACCUUUGGCAGCUUCGGGGCCAACAACACCGCGAGUAACCCAGGCUUCGGCGCAAAUAACAACCCUGGUGGCUUUGGUGCCCCCAGCAACACCACCGGGGGCGGCCUCUUCGGCUCUGGAAACACAUCGGCGUUCGGCAGUAACACCGGCGGAUUUGGAUCGGCCAGCAACACCGGCGCCUUCGGCUCGAAGCCUGCCUUCAGCGGCACGGCCACGACCGGCGGCCUAUUUGGUGCCUCUACUACUGCAACCUCGGGCGCAUUUGGUAGUUUCGGCUCCAACAAUACCACCUCGGCGCCCAGUCCUUUCGGCGGCGGUGGCACUAGCGGCUCUAUCUUCGGAAGUAACAACAACAGCAACAAACCUGCCUUUGGGUCGUCGAACACGGGCACGACUGGGGGACUAUUUGGAGGCACCUCCAACAACAACAACACCACUGCUUCGACGAACUUUGGCAGCUUCGGCGGCGCGGCGAAUGCCCCUACUAGCACGGCCUUGGGACCCGUGGGCGAUCCCCCCGGUACCGGCGCCAUCACGAAUUUCCAGCCUCUGGUAGAGAAGGAGAGUGCUGCUACUAACGCGCAAAACUCCUUCCAAAACAUCUUGUUCCAGGACCCUUACAAGAAGUGGUCCGCUGAAGAGUUAAGAUUAGCUGACUACGCUAGUGGUCGCCGUUUCGGGGGCACGUCUGGCACUGGAACUUUUGGUGUUGGUUCGAAUUUCGGCGGGUUCGGCUCGGGCAAUCAGACGUCGAAUGCGUUCGGCGGCUCGAAUCCGACAAACACGACUGCCGGAGGCGGGCUGUUCGGCAAUGCUUCGUCUAACACCUUUGGCCAGAACAACUCCAACACCGCCGGUGGGUUCGGUUCUGGUUCCACCGGCGGUGGCGGUUUAUUUGGAAGCAAGCCAGCAACUACUGGCGGGGUAUUUGGCAGUACCACGACGACUCAGCCAGCGCAGGCCGGUGGCUUGUUCGGAUCCGGAGGCGGUGGCUUUGGUAAUGCCGGGAACGCUAACUCUGGUUUCGGAUCAACCGGCGCCAACACGGGGAGCUCGUUAUUUGGGAACACAAACCAACAGAAACCGGGCUUCAGCUUCGGCAACACGAAUAGCAAUGCUGCUGGUAGCACCUUCGGCAGCAAUGCCGGCGGUUUUGGUGGCAGCGCCCCCUCCGGCGGCGGCCUCUUCGGGAGCAACACUAACGCUACCCAGAACCCUGGCGGCGGUCUGUUUGGAAACGCAAACCAGCAGAACACUAGCAACGCGUUUGGCGGCGGCGGCGGCGGCUUCGGCGCCCAGAACCAAGCACAGACUGGUUCUUUGUUCGGCGGCAAUCAGCAAAAGCCGGCAGGCACAAAUGCGUUCGGAACCAAUACCAACACCGGCGGAACUGGAGGUGGUCUAUUUGGUCCCUCGAGCAACACUACGAGCGCCUUUGGUCAGCCGAACAACAACCAAGCUGCAACUGGCAUCUUUGGUAACAAACCGGCCACCGGUCUGGGGAUGUUCGGUAACGCCGGCACAGCCCAGAAUACCAAUAACGGCAACAGCUUGUUCGGUGGUCUAGGCCAGUCUAACCAGAACCAACAGCAGCCGCAGCAAGGCGGCGGCUUGUUCGGUUCUCUGGGCCAGAACCAACCGCAGAAGCCCUCUAUGUUUGGGAGCACUACGCAACCGAGUGGCGGUGGCUUAUUCGGCGCGAACCAGAACAACCAGCCGCAGGGUUCACUGUUUGGAUCGUCGACCGCGCAGCAGCAGCCGCAAAACACUCUAGGGGGUUCUUUCUUCGGAAACUCGCAAGCCAACCAGUCUACAGCGUCCCUGACUGCGAGCAUUAAUGACCCGUCGGCGUACGGCUCUCUGUUUGCUAACCUCGGCAGAAAUGAGAUCGCCGACCCAGGUCCUCUUGCGACGCCGACGGGCAAGAAGCAGUCGAGACGGCCCUCUAUUCUCCCCUACUAUAAGCUCAAUCCGGCGUCUGCCACUCGGCUUAUAACGCCGCAGAAACGCGGAUUCGGCUUCUCUUACAGCACCUACGGUACCCCGAACAGUCCUGCGAGCUCGGCUAGCACUCCAGGUACACUGUCACAGAGCCUUAUGGGCGGAAGCUUGUCUCGGAGUACCGGCAGUUCUCUUGCCAAGAGCGUCUCGUCGAGCAACCUUCGACGGACCUUCAAUGUUGAGGAUAGUCUUUUGGCCCCGGGCGCCUUUUCCGCUAGCUCCGGUUCGAGGCUCUACGGCAAUAACAGUGUCAAGAAACUCGUUAUUAACAAAGACUUGCGCAGCGAUUUGUUCUCAACCCCUACGAAGGACAAACUCUUGCCCGACACCCCGAACAGCUCCCGGAAGCUAACAAAGCGCGUCAGCUUCGAUACCAGCAACGUCGACGCGAAUGGAUGCGGGGAGCCUGCAAACGGCACAGCCAACUCCACCCCCAGCGCGGAACAGCUUGGCUACGUUCGGCCGAAGAACGCUGGUGUUAAUGGAUCCAAGUCAAAUUCUUCGUCCGCCCCUGAAGUCGAGCAAGUGAAGGGUAAAGAGUUGGCAGUCGUGCACGAAGAGGAGACGGCGUCACCGCAACCUCAGAGCUCGGCAGCCACUCCGACCGACGGAGAGCCUGGUGACUAUUGGAUGUCCCCAACCAAGGAGCAGAUCCAGGAUAUGAACAGAGUCCAGCGGCAGAAGGUAUCCGAUUUUACGGUGGGACGCGAAAACGUCGGCUUCGUCAAAUUCAAGGUGCCUGUCGACUUAACCUCGGUCGAUAUUGAUAACAUCUUUGACAACAUCGUCAUCCUAAUCCCUCGAACCGCCACCGUAUACCCCAACGCCGCGAAGAAGCCACCGGUCGGAAAAGGCUUGAACGUCCCCGCCUUAAUCAACCUCGAGAACUCGUGGCCUCGUGCUUCGAGGAAGGGGAAGUCAAUCUCGUUAGGAAAACACGUCGAGCGCCUCAAGAGAAUUCCGGACACUAAGCUGGAGAAUUAUAACGCGGAAACUGGCGAGUGGACCUUCUCCGUCGAGCAUUUUACAACAUACGGCCUCGAUGACUCGGAUGAAGACGAAGUUACUGAGCCUGGCCCCCCCAGGGGCCUUCCCGUCUUCACCUCGAACGAGGAUGAGCCAGCAAUUCUAUCGGUCGACGCAGGAAACGCCGCCCCUACUGACCAGGAUGCGUCUGAAAGUAAGCCGAUCUAUCCGGCUCUUCCUGGCUCGUUCGACGGCGGUAAUUCUUAUGUUGACGACAAGGCGAGCAUAACUGAAGUUGCGAGAGCUCAGCCGUCUUUUUUAGCUAAUCGCUCCACGGGUUCUACGUCCAAUGCUCUUGUCCCUAUGGAACAAGACAAUACGGACGACGAAUAUGCGAUGUCCGAGGCCGAAGAUGCGAGUGCUUCCCUCAGACGCCAUCUCGCCGUGGAGCAGGAAGAUAGCUCACUCGACGGAUCCCAGCCAGAUGCUGUACCGGAGACCCCCGCGGGUAUCAUGAGAGCCCGGAUGCGAGCCAUUAAAGGGACAGCGACGCCCAUGAAAGUUCAGGUCGCGUCCGGAGACGACUGGAUGGAUAUGCUUAGCAAGACAAUCAGCCCCCAAAAACGGGAUAGGGCACGCUUGAAAAGCAUUAAUGACACCGACAAUUACCGAGCGACGAACGAGUCCGCUCCAGAGAAGUCCCCAACGAAGAAACGCGCCGUAUCGGAUGCCAGAGGCUUUGCCACGAGUAUCGAUCUAAUGAAUUCGCUAUUUGAGAAGGCGAGGGCCCCGGCUGAGUAUCUCCAGGCCUCGGUUCGGCCAAAAGGCGUCAAGUGGCCAUAUAAGCGAGUUACGAAGCACCUCGAUGAAAGUGAGAUGGAUGACAAGGACCGAACUUGGCAUGACACCAUGCGACCCAGCUGGGGUCCAAGCGGCACGCUCGUCUUCUCCGCUAUCCCCAGCAACUCACUAUUUGGAAGGUCGAGUCGCGUCUCCGAAAGAAACGGUUUGAUGACUGUGCUUAAAGGUGGUAUCGUCUCGGAGUCCCAGGAUAUUCGGAUCGCCAAGUUCGCGAACGAGAUGUCGGCCAAAGCCAUCGAUGCUCACACGAAACUGGUGCAGAUUUAUCUGGAGGGUAACAUUCCGGCUGUGAGAUUGAACCCGAAGACGACUAUGAAGGAAUUUUCGCUCCGGAGUGGCGGUAAAAAUUCGGCCGAAGAGCACGAGAGACUGGUCUGGGAACUCGCAAGUGUGCUAUUCGACAACCUGAAGAUUCCCGCGGAGCUGCAGAGCGACCCUUACGCUCAAGAGAAGCUUCGCCGCGAGAAUUUGUCCCGAUUCUGGGAACAAAUGGUGGAGGAGCAAACCAACAAGGCGAUUGCUAUGGCUGGGUCGAGCGAGGAGAAAACUUUGGCCUCCCUUUCUGGCCACCGGGUGGCUGAAGCCUGCAAACACCUUCUCGACGGGAGGAAUUUUCGGCUGGCCACGCUGGUUGCUCUCAUCGGGACAAACGACGAUGUCAAGAAGGACGUGAAGGACCAGAUGAAAGAAUGGCAGGGUGCAAAUGUCCUCUCCGAAUAUUCCGAGCCGAUUCGCGCGCUCUACGAAAUGCUCAGCGGAAACGUAUGCGUCUGCGACGGGACUAAGGGCGCGCUAGAGAAUCGCGCCGGAUCGUUCCUCAUUUCGCAGAGGUUUGGUCUUAACUGGCAGCAAGCCUUCGGGCUAAGGCUCUGGUACGGAAUUUCUACGGCAGAUGGCAUUGCGGAUGCAGUCGAACGAUAUAAGGAGGAUGUGAAGCAGGAUAGAGAACUACCGCCUUCUACCUGGUUCGCGGAGCACGGCAUCAAGAGUAUCUGGAACGAUCCGAAUCAGGAUCAACGGGAAGACUUGCUCUGGGGUUUAUUACGGUUGUAUUCUCACGACCAGGUGGACCUGGAAGCUGUAUUGCGGCCGGAAAACUCGCAGCUCUCCCCUUUGGACUACCGACUAUGCUGGCAGUUAGGACAAGCAUUAACUUCCACUGGUCGGGUCUCUUUCGGCAAGGACGCGGCCGAAAAGGCCGACGCCGCCACGGCCUCCUUUGCUGCUCAGCUGACGAAUGAGGGCAGCUGGCUUGAGGCUACCUUCGUUUGGCUGCAUCUCACCGACCCCGAUGCGCGCUCUAAAAUCAUCCAAGAUCAUCUCUGCAGACAUGCCGACCAGAUCGGAAGCGAGGAUUCGAGCAGCUUCAAGAAACUCGCCGUGGACUUUAAGAUCCCAAAGCGGUGGAUCUGGCAUGCGAAGGCGCUGUUUAUGCGAGGCGUCAAGAAGGAUUCUACCGCCGAGGUGCAAUGCCUGCUUCAGGCAGAAUCGUGGGCCGAAGCUCACCGGACUUUCAUCAAAGAGGUGGCCCCGACCACCAUCAUCGAGCGCGACUAUGAUGCUCUAGCGGAUCUUCUCCAGCGAUUUGAGGGUCAUCAUUCGCAAGUUCCCGAAUGGAACGUCGGCGGCGAGGUCUACAAGGCGUUCCUCCAGUUGAUGGGCUAUCUCCGACGGAGCGAACACCCGCCGCCUAGUCUGGUCAACGCGCUCCUUGAAGGUUUGCCGGCCAUGCAUGGCAAUGCACCUGAAGCUGGUAUCACGGAGUAUGCUGCCUUGACAGACAUGGCGGCAGAAGUUGCCAAGGUAGUAACUGGGAUGGCGAAGGCAGGAGAGAUGGAACACGAGCGUAUCUUACACCUGCCUCUGACCGAGGAUGUCUUGCUGAAGCACUCACGAGACCUCGCGUGGUCGCACUAUUCUACCGUGAUGGCGGGCUAUUAAGAAAGAGGAAGAAACUCAGGACGCUCCUAUAGGAUGGCGCAGCCUUGAAUAAUUUGUGAAGAGACCCUGCUGUACGAAGAAAGAGAGAGAAGGAGAUGGCACUCGCCUCUACGAUGGAUAGGAGGCAUACAUGUAGUAGCUGGAUUGAUUUACUCCCCGCAUACGCUCAAGCCCUACACCCACACCCCCCAAAUACACAUGCAUAACACACAUACCCUUUUCGGUGGGAAGGGAUUCCGGCGUGAAGGGAGAAGCAAGGAAGAGGGAAGGUUCCGAGAUCAAGAUUGAUUCGUCAUUGCGAUCCCGGCAUUCUACUUUUCGGUCGAGGAUGACGACCGGUCGGAAGCGUCCACGGGAUACGACCGAAGGGAGAAAGCCUUGGAUGAGGUCUCGCUAAGAAGGAAGAGAAGGAAAAGGGGACGACACGGUUACGAUGGCCGCGGAGGUGAACGUGAAAAGGAGAAACGCGACGGAGUGGAUGG